AUGUUCAAGUACGGUUCCCGUGCUCAUUACACAGACUACAAUUUUCCCUUUUUGGGGUUUGCAACUUCACAGUCUUGGAACAAGGGCGUCGAAGGUGCUCUGGCGGUGGAUUGUGAUUGGCCCAAGGCGACGCGACCUCCAUGGUUUCAACUUGCGCAAGGAGGAUCCGAGACCUUCUUCGUUGGCCCUCUGGUCAAGAGUCGAGACCACUCAUUCCUGCCCACGUCCUGCGCUGUCUGUUCCGUGCUCGCCCUGUUUACAGAGGAGAGGUCAUUGCAGACUCCCCUAGCUUCUAGGUUCGCCCUACAAAAACUAAAUUCACCCAUUGACCGCAUCAAACCGGCCGCUUGUCCUGCUUCUGAUGGGCGACCUAUCACCACGGGGUGGUUCAAAUUCACAGGCUUCGGGGACGAGUUCUGCCGCAACGCAACAACCAUCCGUGCCUGCGUCAAGGAGGACUUCGACACAAAUGCUGCCUCCGCCACUGCCUCAGAACAACAGCCUUCCCAGCUCACCCAGGCCAGCACAGGUGGCUAUGAUGGACAAUACAGGUGUCCGAUCCGACAUCCUAGACCUCUGACGGCGGCCGAGUUACACCUGGAACUUGAAAAAGAACAAGAGAGCAUUGUCAAUCGACUAACUCGAGAACUGUCUGCGUUACGAGCCCAAACAGCCUCUGUUGCCUCUACCACCUCGUCCACCUCCGAGCAGCUGUUUGCCAAUGACCCGUACAAUACAACUACAACGGGAACCACAAUCAUCCCCACGAACACCCGACGUCACCGUUCCUCCUCGAACCUCUCUACUCGUUCGGCUCGUUCAAUCCGUGAGAGCCUCUCCAACGCUGCCAACACCAGCGUCUCUGGCGUGGCAGCCCCACGAGACCAAAGCGUCCAGGCCAGCGCGCGGCCCAGCAUGGAAAUGAGCAGGCCAGAUAUGAGUCGACAGAACUCGACCUCUGCGACGGGGUUUCGAUCUAGUUCCAUUACUUCUUCCCCACAUUUGACCCAGGGAGGAUACGCAUAUCCGCACCGCAGCUCUGUGUCGUCGACAAUUGACGGCUCGUCUGGAGUUUCCCAUGCCGCAAUGACACGCUCUCCAAGCUCCAAUGCAGCUAUUGCGCAAGCCAGGUACGAAGAGGCGGCAUUACAGCGAGCGGAACUUGAGGCCGUGAAGCGCGAGAACGAGGCAUUAAGAGCACGGGUCAAGGAGCUGGAGAAGAGCUUGCAAAAGGCCAAUGAGCAGACGCAGUCAACGAAUACGGCCUGA